GAGAGAGAGAGAGAGAGAGAGAGAGAGAGGCAGAGCAGAGAGACACAGCAAUGGAUUUUUCAUCGCCGUCAAGCGGAUCUUCUUCUUCAAGCCAAUUCAAUCCUGAAACGUUCAAGAGCCAGCUUCAGAACCAACUCGCUCAGGCUUAUGCCGAAGAGUUCCUUGAGACCCUGAGAACGAAGUGCUUUGACAAGUGCAUAACAAAACCAGGAUCAAGCCUAAGCGGGGGUGAGAGCAGCUGCGUCUCUAGAUGUAUGGAUCGUUAUGUUGAGGCCACUGGUAUCAUCAGUAAAGCUCUCUUUAGUGCAACCCAGCACUAAAGUUCAUGAAAUUGCUUUUGUGAAGAAAUUCAAGUUGCAAAAGAUAACAGACUACAAAUGCAAGUUGAGAUUGUGCUGUUUUGUACUCUAUAUUAAAGAUCAACGUCGUUCUUAGGACUCGGUGCUGCAUUCACAUUAUUGUGCUAAUUUUAUGUACUUGACUUUUGAGCUAUGCAUACAUUUUCCUCAGCGAUUCUCCUAUUAACUCACUAUUUGGAUA